AUGCCGGUCCAGGUGAAGUACAACCAACAGCAGAAGUAUGUGAAGCUGGAUGACGUUGAGGGACAGUUUGACUUUCUCCAAUUCCAUGAAAAAGUCAUUGAGAGAUUUUGCCUCCCACCCGAUGCAAGCAUUAUGUACAAGGAUGCAACAGGGACAGAAGUUGAUGCGGAAAUAUUCAGCGACCUGGUUGGACAAGGCAAUGUGGUGCUGACAAUAUUCUCAAGCCAGGAAUUUUCAGACCUGUCCUUGUCCUCUGCAUCUGAGAUCUCUGACUCUAGCUUCAACUCAAGCGGAACACUUACCAUGGAUGAGAUCCCUCACAAGAGACAGCAAAAAGAGAAUAAGCAUCAUGCAACAUCAGCUAAACAGUUGAUUGAAGCUGUGUUAAAAGACAAGUCUGGCGGUGAAGCAGUACUUCAGGAGUACCAAACAACAGAAACCCUAACAGAUAUCACAAGACGACAAAUGGUCAACAUACUGGUGGCUCACAUGAUUGAUAGUCAUGGAAACCUCCCCACUAAGGCAGUCAGAGAGGAAUAUGCUCUUGGCAUAGUGACACUGUUCCCGUCUCUCAAGGAUCCAUACACCAAGAAAGGCUAUGUGGAGCAAGACUUCAUUCUCCUAUUUGAUAAUGAGACAUCCUCCAGGCUGCUUCAGAAGUGGGAUGUGUUCUUCAAACCAAACAUCAUAAAAGAGGCUAAGCGACUUACUUCAACACCAGAGUUGCGGCGCUUGUUACAGUCAGCAGAAUGUUCCAUUGGAAGUGAUGAGGCAACAUCUUACGACCAUGAAAUGGCCUCCCUGUUGUUGCUCAUACAUCUCCUUCCACCACCACCAGGAGGACCGAAGUCUCCAAAAAUCAGUGCAUGUGAUGCCAUUGAGAAACUUGUUGUCUUUCAUAAGUCAUGCUGCAGUAUGGAGGAGCAUCUCCGCAACCAGCAGGGUCGGCAGCCAUACCUCCUCACUGUUGGCCGUCAGAAGAGCAAGAUCGACAGCUUCUACAUCGCCAUGGAUAAGCAUCUCAUCCCAUGCCAGGCAAACCGCUCCCUUGGGGCAUUUGAUGAACUUUUCAAAGCACAUUUUGAUGAAUAUAAAGUUGGGCUUGUUGUUUGCAGUGCAAUGGAAGAAGACAUUCCAGUCUUUUGUCAGAUACGUGAUAUACUUUUGGUUGAAGACCACAUUUUUUUUAUGAUAAUCAAGCUAUUCACAGAUAAUUUUGAUUGUCAUUAUCAUGCAUUCAGGGUAUCACAAAGUGAGCAAAGGUUUAUAAUAAAAAUGUCUGAGCUUAAAUUUCACAAACCAUUUGAUAUCCAAAGUUCAUUUAAUGUUUCAGAUGAAAUUUUGUACAUUUUACCUUCAUUCAUUAUGUUUUAGGUCAACUGUAUUAAUGACUGUGUGGCAAAAAUAAAUGAUUGUUGAAAAUGAUAA